UGUGCUGGAAGAGGAGGAGGAGACGAGUUUCGUAGCAAUGGAUGUGAGGAAGGUGUGCACUCGGAGCGCAUGGCUGAGGAGGAAGAGGCCUCGGCCGUACGAGCGGAGCAGGUUCUCCUCCUCCUCCUCUUCCUUGCUACGCCGCUGGAUGUCUCGGCUGUGCUGCGCAUCUCGCGCCUGCUCCUCCAGCCUCAGCGCUUCAGAUCAGUCACUCCUGCAGCCGAGCUGCUGUACCAGGCCAAGAGGAGCUCAAGGGAUGGUAGGAGAUUCUGUAGACAGUGGGACAAAGGAGUACCAGCAGGAAGAAUGGGAGCAAACGGGGGAGGACCAGGAUGAGGAAGUGCUAGAGGAGGAUAACGAUGACAACCAGAAUGACGAUUACAAUAACGACAAUGCCAACGAUUCUGAAAACGAUGAGGAAGACGAGGAAGAAGUCGACGUGGAUGUGGAUGUGGAUGAGUGUGAAGCAAAAGACGAAGAAGAAAGAGGUGAAGACGGUCAGGAUCUGGGUCCCCCUCCAUCAGUAGACGAAGCCGCAAACACCCUGAUGACAAGACUCGGGUUCUUGCUUGGGGACAAAAUGGGUGAGGGGUCUGAGAGAGCGGUGUAUGGCUACGAGGAAGCAGAAGAAAGUCAGGCUGUCUCCAUGACUCAGAGAAUCAGUCCUUGUUCCAGUCUGGCCAGUAGCUCGGCGUCGCCCCCUCCUGGCAGCCCCUGCUCCACUCUUCCGGCUGGUGGUCCAGGUAGCGCCGGUGCCUACGGCUCCAUUACGAGUCCCACGUCUACUCUGGAGAGCAGAGACAGCGGCAUCAUCGCCACACUGACCAGUUACUAGGAGAACGCGGAUCGGGGAGGGAAGCACAGCGACGGCUCGCGCCUCAAACUGAGGCAGACGGGGAAAUCUUCAGGUGGCGACUCCUUCCUGUACCGCGUGGACGAGAACAUGGCUGCCUCCACAUACAGCCUCAACAAAAUCCCAGAGAGAAGCCUAGAGCACUCCACUUCCCACUCCGCCCACUCCAUCCCCCUCUACCUCAUGCCCCGCCCAAACUCCGUAGCAGCUACAAGUUCUGCUCACCUGGAGGACUUGGCAUAUCUGGAUGAGCAACGCCAGGCUCCGUUGCGGACGUCCCUGCGAAUGCCACGUCAGAACUCCAGCGCCGGAAGAUUUGGGAAUGACUUAAGAGUGCGGUUCGCACCCUACCGUGCCCCAGACAUCGCCCUGAAGCCGCUGCUGUUCGAUGUGCCCAGCGUGUCGCCAGAAUCUGUGUUCACGGGACGGGAGUGGCUGUUCCAGGAAGUGGACGCUGAGCUGCGCGUUGGUGAAGGCGGCAGUCCGGGCGUGGUCAUCGUGGGCAACGUGGGUUUCGGCAAAACUGCCAUCAUCUCUCGCCUGGUGGCUCUGAGCUGCCACGGCAACCGCAUGAGACAAAUCGCCUCUGAGAGUCCGCAUGCUUCACCCAAACAUGGAGACACGUUGCCCUUCAGCCAGUCGCAGUCCGCUCACGGGACGCUGGUUGGAAGCAGCAGUUGCCCUGGGACUCCUGAGAUGAGGAGACGUCAGGAGGAGGCGCUCAGGAGACUCUCCUCUCAGGUGGUGGCAUAUCACUACUGCCAGGCAGAUAAUGCCUACACGUGUCUGGUGCCUGAGUUUGUACACAACAUCGCGGCGUUGCUGUGUCGAGCUCCUCAGCUGCAGGCAUACAGAGAGCUGCUGCUGCGACAGCCGCACCUACAGAGCCUGCUCAGCCUGCGCUCCUGCGUCCAGGAACCAAUCACAGCCUUCACCCGCGGCCUGCUCGAACCACUGCACACGCUGCACAGGGAGCGUAAGGUGGCAUGUGACGAGGAUCUGAUCGUCCUGAUCGACGGCCUGAACGAAGCUGAGUUCCACAAACCAGAUUACGGAGACACCAUCGUUUCCUUCCUGUGUAAAACCAUCGAGCGUUUCCCUCCAUGGCUCAAACUGGUGGUGACAGUCAGGACCUCGCUACAGGAUAUCACUCGUCUACUGCCGUUUCACCGGAUCUCUCUGGACCGUCUGGACGAGAGCGACGCGAUCGACUCGGACUUGCAGGGUUACAUUCUGCACCGCCUGCACGCCAGCCAAGAGAUCCAAAACAACGUGGCAAUGAAUGGGAAGCUGGAUAACGCUGCCUUCGCCAAACUCAGUGCCCACCUGAAAGGCCUGAGUCGCGGCUCAUACCUGUACCUGAAGCUCACACUUGACCUGAUCGAAAAGGGCUACCUGGUCCUAAAGAGCUCCAGCUACAAGGUGGUGCCGGUUAGUCUAGCCGAAGUGUACCUGCUGCUGCUGAACAUGCGUUUCCCAACGCAGUCUUCGUUUGAACGAGUGCUUCCGCUGCUCAAUGUGGCCGUGGCGUCUCUGCACCCGCUGACAGACGAGCAGGCGCUCGGGGCAGUGAAUGCCGGAGUCAUACGUGGCACCGCACUCCACUGGGACGACUUCCAGCAGCGGGCCGAGCUCCUGUCACCCUUCCUCAUGAAGAGAAGGGAUGGAACGCGCAUGUUUGUCCACGCCUCCUUUAGAGAGUGGCUCAUCUGGAGAGAAGACGGAGAGAAGACCAAGUUCCUCUGUGACCCCAGGAGCGGCCACACACUGCUAGCCUUCUGGCUCUCUCGGCAGGACGGCAAACUGAACCGUCAGCAAACCAUCGAGCUCGGACACCACAUACUCAAAGCACACAUCUUCAAGGGUCUGAGUAAGAAGGUCGGGGUUUCCUCGUCUGUGCUGCAGGGACUGUGGGUGUCCUACAGUACAGAGGGUUUAUCUGUUGCUCUCGCAUCCCUGCGCAACCUCUACACCCCCAACAUCAAGGUGUCUCGUCUGCUCAUACUGGGCGGAGCCAACGUGAACUACCGUACAGAGGUGUUGAACAAUGCUCCAGUGCUGUGUGUGUAUGCACACCUGGGUUAUGUGGAGAUGGUGAUGCUGUUGCUGGAGUUUGGCGCUGAUGUUAAUGGAGCAUCAGAGAGCGGCCUCACGCCGUUGGGCUACGCUGCGGCCGCCGGUCACCUGUCCAUCGUCACCACCCUCUGCUCCAAAUACGCCAAGGUGGACCAUGUGGACAGGAACGGUCAGUGUCCUCUGGUGCACGCGGCGCUGAGAGGACAUCUGGAUGUGGUGAAGUUCCUGCUGGAGUGUCAGCGGAGCUCCGAGGUGGCGUUCGGCAAAACACAUGCUGUACAGCAGGCACUUAUAGCAGCAGCUAGCAUGGGCUAUAGUGAGAUUUCCUCGUACCUGUUGGACCUUCCAGAGAAAGACGAGGACGAGGAGGAGUGUCCUCACAUCAACAGCUUUGACACACUGUGGGGGGAAACAGCUCUCACUGCCGCGGCAGGCAGAGGGAAACUGGAGGUGUGUAGAUUGUUGUUGGAGCAAGGGGCGUCUGUGUGCCAGCCUAACCGCCGUGGCAUUGUGCCACUUUUCAGUGCCGUUCGUCAGGGCCACUGGCAGAUUGUGGAGCUGCUUCAGAAUCAUGGCGCCGAUGUGAACAUGGCGGAUAAACAGGGCCGCACUCCCCUGAUGGUGGCUGCGUCUGAAGGUCAUCUGGCAACUGCAGAGUUCCUGCUGGAGCAGGGUGCGUCAUUAGCCCUGAUGGAUAAGGAGGGGCUCACAGCUCUGAGCUGGGCGUGCCUAAAAGGCCACCUCCCAUUGGUCCGUGCGUUAGUGGAAAGAGGAGCGGCGACAGCUCAUGCCGACAAGAGCGGCCGCACGCCCCUGGACCUUGCCGCCUUCUACGGAGACUCAGAAGUGGUACAGUUCCUGGUGGAGCAUGGUGCCAUGAUCGAGCAUGUAGACUACAGCGGGAUGAGGCCUCUGGACCGAGCUGUGGGCUGCAGGAACACAUCGGUGGUGGUGGCCCUGCUGAAGAAGGGUGCCAAGAUAGGUCCAGCAACAUGGGCCAUGGCCACGUCCAAGCCAGACAUCAUGAUCGUCCUCCUAAGCAAGCUGAUUGAGGAAGGCGAUGGAUUCUACAAGAAAGGAAAAGUGAAGGAAGCAGCCCAGCGCUAUCAGUACGCUCUGAAGAAGUUCCCUCGUGAAGGUUUCACCGAAGACCUGAAGAGUUUCCGCGAGCUUAAAGUCUCCCUGCUGCUAAACCUGUCCCGUUGCCGCCGCAAAAUGAACGACUUUGGCAUGGCGGAGGAGUUUGCCUCCAGAGCUCUAGAGUUGAAACCCAAAUCCUAUGAGGCCUUUUACGCACGAGCCCGCGCCAAACGCAGCAGCAGGCAAUUCCACGCAGCCCUGGAGGACCUGAGUGAAGCCAUUCGCCUGUGCCCUAAUAACCGUGAGAUCCAGCGUCUGCUACAACGUGUGGAGGAGGAGUGUCGCCAAGUCGCUCAGCAACAGCAGCUGGAUCCACCUCCUUCUCCUCCCCAAGCCCUUCCAAUGGUGCCACAUCCUCCUCCACUGGAGCCCCGUCUGUCUGAUAUGGAGCCAGUGCAGGACCUGUUUGAAGAGGAUGAAGAUUACUUGGAGCGGGACUUGGAUGGUCUUCCACUAGCUGUGACUGCUGAGCCUCAUUCCAGCCCUUCAGGCCUGCCUGUCAUUCAGAACAUGCCACCUUCCCCAAGCCACUUGCCCUACCUUUCCGGAAUCGCUAGCAUGAGCCAGUCCUAUGAUCUGCGGCCAAGUCCUCCAUCCAUGUCCUCUCCAACCCGACAGGGUUACCAGUCUACCACUCCAUCACUGUCUCCAACUCAUCAGACUCAACACUAUCGUCCAAGCCCCCCUCAGACUUCCCCAGCCCACCAGGCCUCCUCUUCAUCUUCCUCCUCAUCCUACCACUUCAGCCCCCCUCCCUCACCUUUACGCCGUGGUGCCUACACCUCAGAGAAUGCAGCCAUCUAUAGGCCACAGUCUGCAUCCGUCAGCUCAAACCGGUAUCAACAAGAGGCACUUUCUGGCAGGCCCAAGUCACCUCUGGCAAAAAUGGGCAGCCAGCGCUCACUGCAGCAGCAAACCCAGUGGCUCCAGCCAGCCAAGGCCCAGAUCGUCCGCACAAAUCAGACCAGUGGCUCAGUCCACUCCACCGCCUACUCUCACAUGGCUCAGUCCAUAAGGGGACAUGUUCCAGGGGAUGUUGAUGAGCUUGGGGAGGUGGCCUAUUCAAGCCCUCUGCAGAUGCAGGGCAGUGUGUACAUAGAAGAGGAGCUCCCACAGAGGCCCUCACAUGCAUACAGGCCAAGUAUCACAGGCCCCCGUUAUAGUCAAAUGGGACCUCAGAUCAGCCGCAGCCAAUCAGCUGCUUAUUAUCCAGUCCAGCCACAUGAAAUUGAGCGCCAGCCUCAGUUAUCAUCACCAGAGCAUCCUCACGGUAUGCGUCGCCCACUAAGUGCCACCGGCCCUACACCACGGCCGCUCAUCCACUCUCAGAGCACUGGCCUGCGCUUUUCACCAUCUAGCAGCAGUCUAGCUGCAGGAUCCACAACUAAUUUAGGUCCAGGCUUCAGGCCCUCAUCUUCAGCACAACAGAUGGAGAUCCCACUGAAGCUGGCAUAUGAGGGUGGUUACAGUGAUGACCUUUCACCAGUUUCUCCACCCCAAGGUACUGACAUGCGAGUUUUAGGGGGGACAUACCCAGGCGAAGCUCUGCGGGCACGCAGUACACCCUUCAUGGGCAUCAUAGACAAGACAGGACGGACUCAGCAGUUUAUUCAGCAACCUUCAUCCUCUUCCACCACAUCACGCACCUGGGCAGUGUCAUCUUUAGACACUGUGGUCUCCAGCCCUGCCACAUCACCUGGUAACAUGACCUAUGGGCAACUUGCCUACUACAAUCGCACCAACAAUGCCCACAAUGGACACCUAGUGGAGGAUGACUACUAUCGGCCAGAUAACACAGGCCGGGUGAGUCAGGCACCCACAUACCCGGACAUUAAGGUGGCACGAACGCUGCCAGUGUCGCAGGCCUAUCAGGAUAGCGAAUACAGACAGGUGGGGCAUGGGGAGCGCCAAGGUCCUUCCUCUCCUAUCAAACCAAAGAGGCCCUUUGUUGAGUCCAACGUUUGAGGCACACCUUGUGUGUGUAUAUAUAUGCCCCCCUCACAUUGACAUAAUCUAAUCUAUAAACUGAACAUGACCUAAAUGGAGAUGUUGUAGAAAGCAUCUGCUUUGGGAUCAGGAAAUGCAGGAUGCUUCAGGAACCUCAGAGUUGGCCAACAUUACAUCAGUAUGCUAGCUUUCACCUUAAGCUUUGCUGUAUAGAUGAGCAAGAGAACUGCACAGCGUAAUGGAUACAAUUUGCAGGACCUGUACAACCACAUCUGGUGAUUUAACCAUAAUAUUGCAAUGGUAUAAAUUGCCAUUUGUAGGAAAUGGUGGAAUAGAGCUUCGCAAGAGCCAGUACAUACUCCUGACACACCAAGCUAUUUGUUGGUAUUAGUUUUCAAUGCAUUUAAGACAUAUUAAAGGCUAGUUAAUGCUGGUCAACUGAUUAAACACCCCAGCGUACUGUACAUGGGCAGCCAAGAUGCAUGCAGACAGAUGACCCUGAGGAGCGGAAUUCUUUUUCCUGUAGCCAUAGACGUCGCCGCAAAUUUUAAUAGCGCCACAAAGACUUUGUAAGCUUGUAAGCAAGCUUUACACAAACCUCUCAGACACCAUCAUCACAUUAUGUAUGCUGUGUGGUUGAAUAGUGAUCAGAGAGCCAGAAAAAGCUGUUCGAUUGAAGCGAAACGUGUCAAAUCAAGCCAAGCGCUAGAUUGUUUGGGUAAAAUUUGUAUUCCUACACUAAAUACUGUAGUUUUCCGUAACAGUAUAGGUACUUGUACUAGUACAACAUAUAGGUGGAAUACCAGGAUUUGUCUUUUACACAAUUCUUACUCUUUUAUCUAUAUUUAUAUUUGAAUUGGAAUACAGAAUAUUGUCCCCUGCUGGUAAGAAAAAGUUAUUUCGUCUGUUGAAGUGCAUUCGCUGUUUUUUGACAUUAGCUUGGUAUGUCAGGGUCUAAAUGAGUCUAAAUGUUUAGUAAGGCCUUAGUUACGCCGCCUCCUGCUUAUAAAUAACUCAUUACAACAUUUUUUAUACUUGGUUGAGUGCACAAUUAGUCUGAAAUCUUGUAUCCCAAGAGAUCAGGCCAGAUUUCGUUCCCCUCCUACCUCUAGCGGAAUCGUCGGAACGAGCCAUGAUGUGGCCGGGUUCUGUCCUCGAUACGAAGCUUUCCUGAAGUCUCAUUUGUAUAUAUGGCUGUAAAUGCUGAUCCCGAACCACUGUGUAAAUAGCUAAAGUAAAGAUUGAAAAUAUGGAAUAUUUAAGUUUAAAUUAUGUUUGUACAAAAUUAUAUAUACAUAUACAUACUUCAUUUUGCUCCUGGUUUCCUUGUGCUCAGCGUUCUUGCUCCCGGUAGGUCACUAAUGUGAAUUUUUUACCUGCUUUAAGGACAAUUUUUCUUUCAUGGAAAUGUUUUCUUUUGGUCAUUAUUAAAAAUGCUGUGCUGUGAGUUACCGGACUUCAGGAGGAAACAUCGUCAUCUCACGUCACGUUCACGUUUAUGAAGGUAACAUAGCGUUACACUAGCGUGUGAAUAAUACUUUUAUUAAGGAGACGGUGAAGUUAUUAAGGAGAGGCUUCUUUUCAGUUUUAGACACUUUUCUAGAUCGCUUCCUUUAUUUUACACACAUUCACAAAAGGUUGUUAUUCAUUUUCUUACAUUGUAUUUAUUUCAUGAUUUUCUUUCUGUGUUCCCUUCUUUCUUUUCAGCAUUGUUUCGUUUAUGCACUUUUCCGUUUUUUUUUUUUUACGCUAUCAGGACUGGAAACUUUGUGUCCUUGCUGGGGUUUUUUUCUAAUGUGUUGAAAACCAACUUUUUUUAUGGCAGAUAUGUUAAUGAUUGUACAAAUUGUGCUUAAUUAGAACGCAUGCUCUUUGCUGACGCACACAUUGCCGUGUGCUGUUCGGGGUGGGUGGGGGUGGGGGGUCUGGUGGCGGUGAGAUUUUACUUAUCAUGAUACCUAUGUAGAAAGGAAAGAGGAAAGGACUGUGCGUCAAUCAUUUUCCUCCUCCCUUUUUUUUUCUUUUCAAUUUUAUAUAAAGUUUUAUUUGUAUAUUUUUUUUUCCUUCAGUCUAAGCUUGCUGUUAGCCCGACUCUCUGUACACGGUUUUCAGUAAAACAAGAGUAAAAGCCAGAAACAUGAAUGCAUUUUUGAUCCUGUCCAACUGUACAAUCAACUGUAUGUAAUAAUGAAAUAAUGUACUAAUUUAAGAAUUCAAAGAAAUUCCCUCGGGGUGAAAAAAAAAACGA